AUGACAGUGCCACCUACCAAAUCAGAUCAUUUUCGGGUCAUUAUCGCCGGCGGAGGCAUCGCCGGUCUCACUCUUGCCAAUGCUCUUCAGCACGCGAACAUUGACUACGUGCUGCUUGAAGCAAGGUCCCUCAUCGCUCCCCAAGUGGGCGCAUCUAUCGGGUUGGCGCCGAAUGGUAGCCGGAUCCUAGAUCAACUCGGUUGCUACGACGAUAUACGGGAACUUACAGUACCUGUGAUAUGGGUCGGUGAUCAUUACCAAAAUGGGGACUAUAUCUACCCAAAGUCGAAUGCUAUUCAGCUUAUUGGGAAACGACAUGCUUAUGAGUUCUGCUUCCUCGACAGGCAACUCGUCCUUGAAGUGCUGUACGACCACAUCAUUGACAAGACCAAAGUCUUGCUCAACAAGCGGCUAGCAAGUGUUGACCAUGGCCCCGGAAGCGUCAAAGUGUAUUGUACCGAUGGUACGUGCUACGAAGGUGACAUUAUAGCAGGUGCAGACGGAGUCUACAGUCCAGUGAGACAAGAGAUGUGGCGAGUUGCUGAUAACGAGGAGCCGGGCGCCAUACCUACCGAAGACAAGACGGCGAUGACAACGGAGUAUAAGUGUCUCUUCGGUAUUUCGUCGCCUACUGCUGGUCUUGAAUCUACCAGCCUUGAUGUCACGUACACAAAAGACUUCUCAACGAUGGUGGCUACCUGCAAAGAAGACAGGGUCUACUUUUUCCUCUUCAAGAGGCUGGAAAAAGUCUACGGAGCUGAGGCCAUCCUCAAAUUUACAAGAGAGGAAGCCGAACAGUUUGGCGAACAGUGCAAAGAUGCGAGUAUUAUGCCCGGGGGAAAUGUCAAAUUCGGAGACGUAUGGAACAACAGAGUGAGCUUCACUCUCGUUGCAUUGGAAGAAGCGGAGUACAAACGCUGGACAUGGGGCCGAUUCGUUUGCCUUGGGGAUGGAAUUCACAAAAUGACACCCAAUGCUGCGGCAGGAGGGAAUGCAUCCAUCGAAAGCGCAGCCGCCCUAGCCAACUCGAUAAGGGCUAUGCUGAUUCGAAGCGGGCCACGUCCUUCGUUAGAAGCCGUACAGCAGUGCUUAUCGAUCUACCAGCAAUCCCGCAUCGAGCGAACAUCAGCGAUUAUGAAGGUGUCCAACAAAGUAACACGGAUUCAGGCACUGAAAGGGUGGGAUGAUCGAUUAACCGCCUUUUAUGUUGCUCCUAACGCCGGCGAUUAUUUGGUGGACAUGCAAUCUAAUCUAAUCGUCGGUGCCAUAAUACUGGAAUACCUGCCACCUCCGCCUCGCUCGUUACAGGCAACCUUGCCUUUCAAUCAUGACCAGGGAGUGGGGAGAAGAGAGAGCGUGGUCUUACGAGCGCUGAAGGCGCUUCCGUUUCUCGGACUUUGUGCUUUGGCUUUGACCUGCAUGGACAUUACUGGAGCUGUUCCUGCCGUCGAAAACAUGCUCCGAUCGAGCAGCAUCACUUGGGAUGGCGGAUCAGUCCCUAUCCGCAGCUCAUUCUACUACAUUGGCUGGCUCGACGACCUUUGGCGGCCGUUCACAGCCAUUUUCGCCGCAUGGAACUUAGAGAUUGAUCGAGUUGCAUGGUGGCAGGCACUCACGUUCCUAACCGAUUACGGAUUGCUGUAUUCCAUCUUUCUCAUCGAGUCUGCUCGAAGAGCCAACCUGGUAACACUUGCACAAUUUCCUGUUCUUUCUGGUCUCGCGGCGCAACUCCUCGGCAUCGGCGUCGUAGGCCCCAUCUACUUCUUCGUCCACUACGUCUGCGCCCAGAUCUCAAAUUUCCAGGCUUCCGACAUGCGCUUGACUGAUCUGGCCUACACACGCAGCAUCCUCCCAGUGAUGAUCGCUGGCUACUACAUUCCACACUUCCUGUCUCAUCUCCACCCUUCUCUUGCAGCACGCCACGACUGGACCUGGAUAUGGCAGAUGUUUCCGGUAUGGGUGAUGCUAGGGCAGCGUCUGCUCGCGUACACAGUCCUCCCGAACACUGUCCAGCGGGACCGUAUUCACGACCCUAAGCGCGACGUUCCAGUAAUCCGUCUCACGAUCGGCAGUUGCAUAGCUUUGUCGGCACUUGUGUGGCUUUACACCCUCACCAUGUCGCCAUACACUCCUAUGGCGAUGUUCAUCCCGGAAUCCUCGGUAGCGGAACGUGAGUGGACGGCAAUUGCACGCAACGUCCUGCAGUAUGAUCAGUUAUUCUCCUUUGGCAGCGCUCUGCUUUGGCUUGGAUAUCUCUUCGGCGAUCUCAAGCGUGCGGGCAUGGUGCAGCAGAGUUGGACUAAGAUCGUGAUGGCUGCUGCUGCGACGGUCCUGGUGCUAGGACCUGGAGCUGCAGUGGGUAUAGCUUGGCUGUGGAGGGAAGAGGUUCUGGUCAGUAAGCGGCACAAGAGUGCCGUUGUUGCAGGGCGGGACAACGGCGUGCUGGACGAUGAGAAAAAGGCGAAUGGGACUUUGCAGUCUGACUAA